CGUUUCUGUCCAACGGAUGUCAAUUUUCGAACCAACAACUUCAAAUCGCCAGUCAAAAUGGAACCGGAGGCAAAAUUGGACCAAGAUUUCCUCUUCUACUGCGGUUUCACCAGUACAUUCUACAGCAGGAUCAAAGACGAAGAAGUCAAGCUCAGAUGUCACCAAUGGCUGCAGAAGCUCUUAGGGGAGAAAUGCUCGGGCAUCGACAGUAAGAGAUGUAGGAACAUAUACCUGACCCAACUCCUGGUAUGCAUGCAGAACAACGUGCUUGAAGGUCCCUUUCGGUUGGUGCCUGGUGAAGUCGACAUAUCCGAUGCCUACGAAGUUUUCGAACCAAUUGCAGAAACGUGCAAGGAACCAGAUUGGCUGCAAGAGAAAGACGACGUCCCUCAGAGCGAUGGACGCAACCAGAAAGAAGGCAGGACCUAUAUAGCCACCAGAGUGUUACCUGGAGGAAUUGGAGCCUUCGCAUACGUGGCCAUAUCGAUGGGCGAUGAAGAACCCAAAUGGAUCGGAGGCGGAGAGGGAAUAUUGGAGAGGAAGCUGUCUGAGAAAUUCAGGGAGUACGUGCCACCAGUGUACGAAAUGGAGAAGAUAUUGGCCAGGAGGAAGGAUCCAAAGGAGAGGGAGAAGGUCCUGACGUUCUACGAUGUUCUCAUGCAGAACAUAUCCGAUGAACUUGAUGGUUUGAUAGAAGAGCAACAGAACGAAACUGUCAACGGUCUCCUAGAGCAGCUAGUGGAGGAUUUGAAGAACAAGGAACAAUACCAGGAAUACGAAGACAUGACCGAGAGACAACGGAGGAGGUCCUUGUUGUUGAUGUUGUACACCAACGUUCAAACCAGAAGAUUCAAGAUCGCCCGACGAGAAGAGAUCCUGGACGAUUUAGAACAGAAACUGAUGCCGCAAUCCUUCUUCGACGAUUCAGCCUUGCCGGAGGAUAAGUACGAGCUUCCGUCCGUCAUGUGGGAACAGGCUAUCAACAAAUAUCCCACGAGAGGCAACAUCAACAAGCUCAAGGAUAAAUACCCAAUGUUCUUGAUAAUCAAGUUCGUCGAUCUACUAGCCAAGUUGAAGGAGGAAAUAGCAAUACAGAUGCAUAGGCGUCACGAGAACAUGCUCACGCAGAUGAAGAAGGAGCUGCGUAUGGAAGGAGAACGCGGUCAGAAGAAAAUAGCCUCGGCCAAGAAGUCUAGUGACAUUGCCUGGAAAAUUCUGCUGGCAGUCAGGGAGGCGUACGACAAGAAGGCAGAGGUGGAUCAGAAGAACAAGGAAGCGAAGUCUAUGAAAUUAUCAGAGCACUCUAAGUUGUACGACAGGAUGAGGGAGGCCGUUUUGGAGAAGCAGAAAGAAGUUGAGGAGGAGGCAGCUCACGGCCAAGAGCUUGCGGCGGAAAUCAACGCUGUAGCCAAUCAAACGGAUUUGUACAUGCACAUAAAUGACGAGGCCAUUCGGAAGACCGAAGAAACGAACAUGGCCAUCAUGAAGAAUCUGAAGAGACUUCGGGCAUCUGUCCGGCAAUACGAAAAUAGGAUUUCGCAAUUGAAGAGCACUGGAAAAGAUUCUAUCGAUACAUCAGGCAACGCGUCCGACUAAUUUUGCUAUGAAACAAGUGUAAAUAAACGGAUUUCAUCGUAA